AUGUCAAGCAAGAGGGUUCUUCGUUGCAGACCAGGUGAGAGUGAAUGUCAGAUUGUGGCAGGGGUGGGGGCCACUGUCAACGGUCACAACCAACUGCAUAGGCCUUUGGACGUGGCCGUUUCACCAUCAGGUGACGUCUUUGUCGUGGACUGGGAGGCUCGAGACCGCCGCUCGCUGCUGAAAUUCUCAAAUGGCCAUGGUCAAGUGCUGUUGCAGACACCAGGCUUGUUUCGCGUUGCUUGCUCACCAAAUGGAGUGCUUUACGUUCUGGACAAUGUUGGCAAGAAAGUGCAGCGAGUCGAUGGCUCAGUGCUCACACCAGUGCUGGACAGCAGCGACCUUCCCGAAGAUCAACGUUUCGCUGCAAGUCAAUUGUUUGUCACGAGCGAGGAGACUGUCUACCUCAGUAAUGGUCGAGGGAAACGAGUGCUACGCUUCAGUCCUGGUAGCCCACAGCCCACCACUGUCGGAAGCAUUCAGCAGGAAGGUGCGCGAGGUUUGGCAGGGUUGUUUGUGACGGAGAACCACAAGAUCUAUGUCACAGACCCUGUGCGUAAACGCAUUUGGGUGUUGAAUGAAGGCGAGACCACCGGCGUGCAACUGGACCUGGCGCUUCCAGACGGUGUUGUGCCGUUUGAUGUCAUGCUGCAACGGGACUCGAUGUAUGUUCUCCACUAUGAAGUAGACAACCCAGAAAACAUCCAAGCUGUAUACCGCUGUUGCUUGCCACCAGAACUUGUGCUGGAUGCUGCCUCAGCCGGAGGUGCUCAAUCCGCUGAAGAUACUUGA